AUGGUAAUCCGAUUUUUAUUUCUUACAACGCUUGUGUGCGCAUCAAUCAAUUUGCUUGUCUUUUUCGGAAAUAAUACACCAAACACAUUAAUUACUUAUUUCCAAGCCAACUUAAUCCAGAUCAUUGGAAAUCCUUAUGCAUUCGAAAUAAUUUUCAUCAUAGCAAACAAGACCACAGAUUUUGAUUCAUAUUUUAAAGGGGAGAUUCCAGUAGCAAUUGACGCCACUUUUGACAUAAAUUUGAGCCAAUAUUUGCUAGUUGCCACAGAGACAAGAGGAAUUUUGAACCUUUUUUUGGAUCCUAAUAUGUCUCCUACCGGCUCAUUGCAGUAUUACUUACACGUACCUUGGCAAAACCAAUUGAAUGCAACUGAAAUUAUAACAAAUUAUUUAGGGUGGAAUAAAAUCGCUCUUAUUAGUACUCAAUCAAUCGAAUCUGUAAGGAUUACAAGUGAGUUUGACAAAGAUUUUUCAAGGAAAGUUAAAUCAAAUAUUGUAAUAACAAACAGCAUUACGGAAGACAACAUGGACUCAAUUGCUGGGAGGCUUCUAAAGCCUAAUGGCCUGCAAACAUUUGUUGUGUUUUGUGAAGGGAAUUUCAUAGAUAUGUUUGCUACUUCUCUUGAGAAUAAAAAGAUAUAUAAGCAAGGGGCGGGAUUGCUGAUAUGAAGUAAAGGUAUAUGAGGGAGUUUAAAAGAUGGACUUUUAUAUAUAGUUGAGCAAGGAUUAGAAGGUGCUACAUCAUAUGAGCAAUAUGAAGCUCUUGCGAUCAAAAGUUUUACUGAUUCAAUAUUAGGGCAUAUUAAUUCUCUUUCUAGCAUUGGUGGAGUCAGCUAUGAUAGCGACUCCAUUAAGCAAUUUAUGAAAGUAAACACAUUAGAUUCGGGGAAAAAGCCGAGCUAUUAUUUAGUAAAUAUCGUUAAUUCAGCCAAAAAAAUCACUGGCGCUCUGGUGGGUGGUGAACUCUUAAUUUCAGAUAACAUUACUUUUCCAGGUAACACAACAGACAAGCCGGUAACCUCAAAAGCAAUACUGUGGAUGUCUUUAACCACUUCAGGCCAAGAGCUCGAUGGAAGCUUUAAUGCAUAUCAGCCAGUCCAAGGAUCUGUAUUAACAUUUUCUUACUUAUAGAAAAGUCUGCUUUAAUUCCUGAUGGACUACCUCCUUCCAUAACGUUCCCACUUAUCCGCCAGAUCGGAUUUGAUGGCAUCGAGAAGGUAUAUCCUACCGAAGAUGGUCUAUGCUCGCUACCCAGCAUAGAAGAGUUGGUCACUGUGCCAUUCACCAAAUAUGCUGCGGGCCAUUGAAAAUUCAAAAUUGUUGAAUUUCUGGCUGAAUAUUGGCCAAAAUGGAACUCCAAAACCCCAGAGCGGAACUCCGGUUUCAGUCUCGAUUGGCUAAGAAGCUAUUUCUAUCUCUGUUGGAGAUCAUUUGAAGCUCUCUGCUCCAUUUUCCUAUAAGACAAAACCCUGAGCAUACGGCAUUGCGCUUUAUCAAGCUCUACAAAUUUCCGAAUUAUUACUCCCUUCCUCAAGGUCUCUGCACACCCAGCGAGAUGCCAACUACAGGAUUAAGGGUGGGUUGAUUCAUCAUAUGCAUUUUAAUAAUUUAUAUAGCCAGCCCAAGCACAAGGGAAUUUCUAUGCAAGAGAUUGAAUAAAUAACAAUUCAAUUAUAUACCCCAGGAAAACUUAUUGCUUGUCCUCAGCUACCAAAUGAGUUCUAACUCUUGGAAUUGGUUCGUGCCAAAAGUUGCCAAACUAACUCGAUGAAUUGACAAAUGUGCUCAUACUUAUCAUUUGCCAUCUUGAGGAUUUGCUUUGGGAUCUUUUUUUAUCUAACUCCCCCCCCAUCCUUGAUCGAACGAUUGACUGUAAAAAUUCCUAAAAAUUGGGGAAAUUAACCCCCAUCCUUGAUCGAACGAUUUUCAUAUCAUGCAAAUUUUUAUAUAUAUAAAAAUAUAAUAGUUAUCAAAAGCUUGGGAAGAUAUACCUAAUGAAGUUGUUUUCAGAGACUUUGAGACGAUAGAAAGCUUCGGAAUCAACCAUUCAAAGUAAUUUAGUCAUCAACAUAGGCUUAAAAACUCAAUAAUCUAAUAAAAUAGAGAUUUUUUAAAAUUUAAAAAAAAAAAAUUUUAAUUUAAUAACUCCCCCCCCCCCCUCCGUGAGCGAACAAAACCAUUAGAAAAAUCACCAUUUUUUGACCAAAAACCCACCCUCCGUGAGCGAACAAAAUUUUUUUAAUAUAGAAAAAAUUUUAAUGGAAAAAAAUUUUGAUAUAUAAGUGAUAAUUAGUAUAAUGAAAUCUAGAGCUAAUUCUGUUUAAUUUUAAACAAAUUGCGUUUUAAAACAUAAAUUUUGCAAAUUAAAUUAAUAUUUGCUUCCCAAUUUUUGCAAAUUAGGAUUUUUUUAAAUUUCGAAAAAAAUAUUUUUUUAUAAAAUUUAUAUAUAAUUUUUUUUUAAAAAAAAAAAAAUAAAACCCCCCUCCGUGAGUGAACAAAAUUUUUUUGUUUCGCUCACGGAGGGGGGGGGGGGGGAGUAGUAAGUAACAAAUUAAAAUUUAUACAGUUUAAAGGGGUAACUAAUAAAUUAAAAUAUAAAAAAUUGGUAUUUUUAUGAAAUUAAUUCAAUUUUUUUGCUGUAAAAAAAUAAUUAUUAAAUACUCUUAACCCUCUUAUUUAAAAGUAAAUAAAAAAAAAUUUAUAUAUAUAUUUUAUUUUAUAUAUAAAAUUUUUUCCCAAAAAAAUUUUUUUUAACCCCCAUCCUUGAUCGAACGAUGGCGAGUCGUUCGAUCAAGGAUGGGGGGGAGAGUAACAAUUCCACGAGUUGGGGCUCUAUUUGGUAGUCCAAAGCAAAGAAUAAACAGUCCUUGGCCAUACUUGAAAAUUUCCAAAUUCAUAUAAAUAAAAUGGCAUUCGGUUCGAGAGAAAUUAGCUCUGCUAAUUUUCUCUCCCUCAUGGAAUUUUAUUUAUAGGGUUAGGUUUUCACUCGAAGACUUCUGGACAGCAAUAGCGGUUUAACUCUGGGGAUAACCAGAGGAACCACUCGUCAGUCCACUCAAGAUUUCGGGCUUUUACCUCUCAGCACAUCCCCACGGGAGGAUGACCCUUAGGCGGAGCACGCGCAGGAGCUGAGUCGAGCGACAAGGGAGACGGCAACGCGCCGGGUGAGACGUGCAGCAAGGCCAGUGAAGCAGAAGUUGAUAGAAGGCUUGGACGGGGCUGACCUGUUCCAAGAUGGCUCGCAUACGUCACUAGUUUUGCCAUAGCCCUUUUGGGCUGCGGCACUAGACACCUUGAAAAUUUCCAAAUUCAAUUUACUCCAAAUAGCUGCGGAACUAUGUCUUUUUAUCACGACAAAACAGGAGCUUGCUAUGCCCCUUUAAAAUCAAAACUAGGCCUAGUAAAUCUAUCCUCAGAUUACUAUGCAACUACUGUUGGCAAUAUCCUUCUAUUUAGAGAGUGAAAUCUCACGAUGAUGACAGUUGGCCCAACUGUUUCAAGUCCUUUGCUAUCAAACAAAACUCUCUACCCUGAAUUUAUGAGAGUGAUUCCAAAUGGAAAUUACAACGCUGUAAUUUUGGCAAAGCUUUGCCAAAUAUUUGGAUGAAAAAAUGUGGUCGUUGUUUAUGCCAAUCUAAGCUCUAAUAUCGCUAUGUACGAAACAUUUGUCACUGAGGCAGACAAAAUUGGAAUAAAUAUUGCAAACGAUGAAAAUAAAAGGAUGCUUCCUCAAAACUACGCGAGAACUAAUUUUGACACUUAUAAAUAUGUAUUUGAUGCCAUAAAGGCCACAAAAGUCAGGAUUUUUAUUUCAUUCCAAACUGCAAAUGCAAAUUAUCAAUCUAUUGAAGGACUAUAUGAUGUGGGUUUGAGAAAAGGCGAUCUUGUUAUUGUUCUUGCUUCAAAAACAGGUGGACAAUCUGUGGUAACUAAUUAUCCGCAACAAUAUGUACCAAAAGUCACAGAACUUUUAUCGGGCUCUAUUAGUGUUUCAGCUGUUGAAUAUAUUGGAGAAUUUGGCUUGACCAUAAUGAACAAUAUGAAAAGCUACUGGGGGAAUUCUCCAAGUUUUAAAGGCUCACAUUUUGACCAAACUUUGCUAGCGGCCUAUGGAAUAGAUUUUACUAUUUUUAAAGGUGAAGACUAUGAGAACGCCACAGUUUUGACUAAAAAUACAAGAGCUCAAAGAAUUACGGGAGCUUCUGGGACAAUUGCAAUUGAUUCGUCUUCAAACGAUCGGAGUUUUAUGAUCUUGAGCAUCAAUAACUUUUACGCAGCAAAUACAACUGGGAUUUAUAAUGAAAGUAUAUCAGGGUAUUAUAUUCCAACUUCAAGCACCCCAAUUCAAAUGAGUUCAAAUAUCAUAUGGCCUGGGCCUUCAUACACAGUACCCACAGAUACUGUUGUGAUAGAAUCAGAUUGCCCAUUUGAUGAGUCUCUUUCAGAAGAUUCAACAAAAGGCAUUGCUGCAUUCACAACGAUCUGUUCAGGUGUUGCUGUCAUUGCAUUGGUAAUUACAGUAGUCAUAUGGAAAGGAAAUUUUACUAAGGCUUAUCCAAAAUUAACACUAAGAAAAGAAAUCCAAUUCGCCGACUCAGUGGUCAUGGCUACCAUGCUGAUAGAAAUUUUUCAAUAUAUCAAUAUUGGACCAGUAUUUAAAGAGGACCCAGUAACUGAUUAUUUAAGUGGACUUUUCAAUGCUGAUAUAGACAAAUUUGUUGAGUUUAAAGGCGAAGUCUAUUGGAUAGGGCUGAAUAUUGUGCUAGGAACUGUAUGCUUUUGGCUGGUAACUGUUGCCCUAAUCAUGUCUCAUAAUGAUCGGCUAAUUAAAUCAAUUUUCUGUUUUCGAUGGAUUUAUAGCUUCAAAGACUAUUUAAUGCCUCUUUUGGGGAAUAUGCUUUUUGUGCCAAUAAUGACAAUUUUAUUAACUGUUUUUAAAUGCUCAAAAAGCAUAGGAAAUGAUCUUGAUGAAAGUUACAUGGAUACAGACUGCUACCAAUAUUGCUGGGAAGGUACGCAUUUGGGCUAUGCAAUAGGCUGUAUUUUUGCUUUAAUUUUAUAUUUUCCGAUUGCAGUUUUCAAUAGACCUCAUUGAACUAAUAUUCAAGACGACGAUAACCAAAAUAUAAGAUGCCAGCCUGAAUAUAUCAUGACUAAAAGUGUUACUCAAGUCUUAUUUAUUACUUUAAAUAAAAUGAUCUCGCUAUAUGAUCCUAUUGCCCAAGGAUUUGUGUAUUUAGGCUUGAUUAUUGCCUAUAUUGUGUAUAAUAUCAAGAGACCUCCAUAUAACUAUGAUAGAAUUAAUAUGUGGCAAAUCGAUUUAUUGGCCUGUGUGGCUUGAUCGGUUCUUUUGACAAGCGUUUCUCAUGGAAUGGAUGGAGGGUAUCUCUUACUUAUGAUUAUAAAAGUCUCAGGAUGGUGUGCUUUGAUUCUUGUUGGACUAAUUCUUCAAACCAAAAGAUUUCCUGCUCUGCUUUACAGGCCACAACCCCAAAACAUCGCAAUGCUGUUUAAAUUUAUGCUGACUUCAACAGUUAAGGCUGAUAGCAUUGAAAGGAGGCACUUGAACUUUGUCAGUGCAUCUUAUAAAAUGAAAGAAGAAGAAGCGAAGGAAUCAAACAAAACUGAUUUUGUAACUCCCCUUCCCUCUGUGAGCGAAUAAAAAAUUUAGUUCAUUGCGGGAGGUUAAUUUAUUUAAAAUAUUAUAUAUAUAUUUUUAUUAUUUUUUUCACAAAAAAGCAAUUCAAAAAAUUGGAAAAUCAAAAAAUUAAUUAACUUGAUAAAUUAAAAACGCGAGCUGCUUAAAAUUUAACAGAAUUAAUUAUAGGUUUUUAAUAUACUAAUUAUCACUAAUAUAUCUAAAUAUUUUUCAUAAAAGUAUAUUUUAUAUUAAAAAAAUUUUCCUAAAAAAUAGGGGUUUUAUUUGCUCAUAUGGGAGAGGUAAGUAUUAAUAAAACGAAGUUUGCAAUUGAUGAUUCCACUAAAAGAAUAUACAUUAAAUGGCGACGGUGAGACAGCACUUUUUCUCAAUGCAUAUAGCUGAGGCCCUUAACAGGCUUCGGGACCUUGUGGAAGGGAAAUUGGUACUCGGGGUGUAUAGCCAGCCAAGGUGUUGGCUUGUCAAGUGAAGCGGUGAGGCUAGAGCUGAUCUAGCCUUUAGCCCAUCCCGGUGAACAUUUUUCCUCAAGAGAAGAUGGAGUUAAGGUUGGAAAGGGUUGACCCAGGAGUGAACACUUUGAAUGUAGUGUAACAAUUGUUGGCGAGCAAGCGAAUGAAUCAUUAUGGAAGGGAAUAAGGAUACUCGAAUCCCAACAGGGAGUUUUUCUAUAAUCUAAGUUAAUACUAAUGAUUCCACUAAAAGAGGGAUGCUUGAAGGAACCAUGUUCAUUCAAAACCGCUAA